CAUCACAACAGAAAACCACGCAACAGAAAAACAUCAUCAAUCAUGUCGGACGAGGAACACCACUUCGAUUCAGUUGCCGAUGCCGGAGCCUCCAAAACCUACCCUCAGCAGGCCGGUACCAUCCGCAAAAACGGUUACAUCGUCAUCAAGGGCAGACCUUACAAGGUUGUUGAAGUUUCUAUUUCAAAAACAGGAAAGCAUGGACAUGCAAAGUGUCACUUUGUUGCAAUUGAUAUCUUCAACGGCAAAAAGCUUGAAGAUAUUGUUCCUUCAUCUCACAAUUGUGAUGUUCCUCAUGUGAAUCGUACUGAUUAUCAGCUGAUUGAUAUCUCUGAAGAUGGUUUUGUGAGUCUGUUGACUGAUAACGGAAGUACCAAGGAUGAUCUGAAACUUCCCACUGAUGAUAGUCUGCUUACUCAGAUUAAAGAUGGAUUUGCUGAAGGAAAAGAUCUUGUGGUUUCUGUCAUGUCUGCAAUGGGAGAAGAACAUAUAUGUGCCCUGGAGGACAUUGGUCCUAAAAAUUAA